CUUUGGUCCAGGCGUGCAGAGGAUCACCACCUCUGUCAAAAAUAGACCUGAGCACUGAGCGGGGCCUGGGGCGACAACGGCGGACAAACAGAAGUCUACCUAGGACCCAGACAUGGAGGCGAACGGAGAGAUGGAAAUGUUGGCCGCAGCCAAACGUCAACAAAAUGGAGAUUUAAGUGACUAUGAUGAAAAGAAGAAGGAAGAAAAACCACCAAAGGUCCCCCAGGUCGGCCCCAUUGAUCUGUUCAGGUUUGCGAACGGCGUGGACAUUCUGCUGAUCCUAAUUGGGACAGUGAUGGCCAUGGUCAACGGGGUAGUGCUUCCUCUCAUGUGUGUUGUGUUUGGAGACAUGACAGACAGCUUCAUAAGUAACGCCAAGUAUUCCCACAUCAGCAGGAACAACCCCAAUUUUGCCAACCUCACGAAAAACAGCACCUUACAAGAGGACAUGCAGGGCUUUGCCAUCUACUACUCCAUCAUGGGGGCCAUGGUGCUGGUGGCAGCCUACAUGCAGGUGGCCUUCUGGACCCUGGCAGCUGGGCGCCAGGUCAAACGCAUCCGCAGAUUGUUUUUCCACUGCAUCAUGCAACAAGAAAUCGGCUGGUUUGAUGUCAACGAGACAGGAGAGCUCAACACACGUCUCACAGAUGACGUCUAUAAGAUUCAGGAGGGUAUUGGUGACAAGACGGGGAUGCUGAUCCAGGCCUUCACCACCUUCCUCGCAUCCUUUAUCAUCGGCUUCAGCAAAGGCUGGAAACUCACUCUCGUCAUUCUGUCUGUGAGCCCUCUGCUGGGCAUUUCAGCUGCACUUUACAGUAAGGUGCUGGCCACUUUCACUAGUAAAGAGCAGACUGCAUAUGCCAAAGCUGGAGCUGUGGCAGAAGAGGUGCUCUCGGCUAUUAGGACAGUGUUUGCCUUCAGUGGUCAGGACAAAGAAAUCAGCAGAUAUAACAAGAACUUGGAGAAUGCUAAAAACAUGGGGGUAAAGAAGGCGAUGUCUGCUAACAUUGCCAUGGGCUUCACUUUUAUGAUGAUCUACGUGUCCUAUGCCCUGGCCUUCUGGUACGGAAGUACGCUCGUCCUGAGUAGAGAGUACACCGUUGGGACUCUACUCACCGUGUUCUUCGUGGUGCUUAUUGGAGCAUUCACUGUGGGACAGACUUCUCCCAACAUCCAGACCUUUGCCAGUGCCCGGGGAGCUGCACAUAAAGUGUACAGCAUUAUUGAUCAUAAACCAAGCAUCGACAGCUUUUCAGAGGCCGGUUUCAAGCCUGACUCUAUCAGCGGAGACAUAGAGUUCAAGGAUAUCCACUUCAACUAUCCUGCAAGGCCAGAUGUCAAAAUAUUAAAUAACUUGUGUCUGAGCGUGAAGAGUGGACAGACCAUUGCCUUGGUGGGUAGCAGCGGCUGUGGUAAAAGCACCACGAUCCAGUUGCUGCAGAGGUUCUACGAUCCUCUGGAAGGAUCUGUAUUUAUUGACCGUCACGACAUCCGUUCUCUUAACAUCCGCUACCUGAGAGAGAUGAUUGGAGUGGUGAGUCAGGAGCCCAUCCUCUUUGCCACCACCAUAGCUGAGAACAUCAGAUACGGCCGCCCUGAUGUGACGCAGAAGGAGAUCGAACAAGCUACUAAGGAGGCUAAUGCUUACGACUUCAUCAUGAACCUUCCCGAUAAGUUUGAGACGCUGGUUGGAGACCGAGGGACUCAGAUGAGCGGAGGACAGAAGCAGAGGAUUGCGAUUGCUCGAGCUCUGGUCCGCAACCCCAAAAUCCUUCUGCUGGACGAAGCCACAUCUGCACUUGAUGCUGAGAGUGAGACCAUUGUGCAGGCUGCACUUGACAAGGUCCGACAGGGUCGUACCACCAUCAUUGUUGCCCACCGCCUCUCAACCAUCAGAAAUGCUGACUUAAUCGCUGGCAUCCAGAACGGUCAAGUUGUAGAGCUAGGGACUCACAGCGAACUGAUGGAAAAAGAGGGAGUCUACCAUACACUGGUCACCAUGCAGACCUUUCAGCAAAUAGAGGAUGAGGAGGCAGACAGCGAGCUGUUUGAGAGUGAGAAGAGCCCAUUAGUCAAGUCCCCCUCUAAGUCCUCUCUGCACAGAAGAAAGUCCACAAGAGGCUCCUCGUUUGCUGCCUCAGAAGGAGAUAAAGAGGAAAAACAAAAGUUCAAGCAUGACCAGGCAGAAGAGGAAGAAGAUGUUCCCCCUGUGUCGUUCAUUAAAGUGCUGCGUCUAAACGUUGCUGAGUGGCCGUACAUUCUAGUGGGAACCAUCAGUGCCAUAAUCAACGGAGCAAUGCAGCCACUGUUCGCUGUCAUCUUCUCCAAGAUCAUUGUUAUUUUUGCAAACCCAGAUCCAGAAGUUGUGAGGGAAAAAUCUAUAUUAUUUUCCCUGAUGUUUGUUGCUAUUGGAGUUGCGUCCUUUUUCACCAUGUUUCUACAGGGUUACUGUUUUGGUAAAUCUGGAGAGACUCUGACCCAGAAGCUGAGACUCAAGGCCUUUACGGCCAUGAUGAGACAGGACCUCGGCUGGUUUGACAACUCCAAAAACAGUGUUGGAGCGCUCACUACAAGACUGGCCACAGACGCUGCCCAGGUGCAAGGGGCUGCAGGAGUACGUUUGGCUACAAUCACGCAGAACUUCGCCAACAUGGGAACCAGCGUGAUCAUCUCUUUUGUGUACGGCUGGGAGCUGACCCUGCUUAUCUUGGCUUUGGUGCCCAUCUUGGCAAUGGCUGGAGCUGCAGAGAUGAAUCUGCUCACCGGACAUGCUUCCGAAGACAAGAAGGAGCUGGAGAAGGCUGGAAAGAUCGCUACAGAGGCCAUCGAGAAUAUCCGUACUGUCGUCUCUCUCAACAGAGAACCCAAGUUUGAGUCUUUAUAUCAGGAAAACCUCCAAGUGCCAUACAAGAACUCCAAGAAAAAAGCCCAUGUGUAUGGUUUUACCUUCUCCUUCUCCCAGUCCAUGAUCUACUUUGCUUAUGCAGGCUGUUUCCGCUUUGGAGCUUGGCUCAUUAACGAAGGAAGGAUGGAUACUGAGGGAGUAUUCCUUGUGGUUACAGCUAUUCUGUACGGCGCCAUGGCUAUCGGAGAGGCCAACACCUUCGCUCCAAACUAUGCUAAGGCCAAACUGUCAGCUUCCCACCUCAUGAUGCUGAUAAACAAAGUGCCCGCCAUUGAUAAUCUUUCACAGGAGGGACAGUCCCCGGAGAACUUUAAUGGUAACGUGAGCUUUGACGACGUUAAGUUCAACUACCCUUCGCGCCCUGAUGUGCCCAUCCUCCAAGGGCUGAAUCUGAAUGUGAAAAUGGGAGAGACUCUGGCGUUGGUGGGGAGCAGCGGCUGUGGAAAGAGCACCACCAUCCAGCUGCUGGAGAGGUUCUAUGACCCCAGAGAGGGGAGAGUGGUGCUGGACAAUAUGAAUGUAAAAGAGCUGAACAUCCACUGGUUGAGGGCCCAGAUAGGCAUCGUAUCCCAGGAGCCCGUGCUGUUCGACUGCACCUUAGGCGAAAACAUCGCCUAUGGAGACAACAGCCGCUCUGUAACAAUGGAGGAGAUAGAGGCGGCUGCUAGAGCGGCCAACAUUCACAACUUCAUCGAAAACCUGCCGGAGAAGUAUAACACUCAGGCGGGCGACAAGGGAGCGCAGCUGUCAGGUGGUCAGAAGCAGCGAAUCGCCAUAGCCCGAGCCAUCCUCCGCAACCCCAAAUUGUUGCUCCUGGACGAGGCCACCUCUGCACUCGACACAGAGAGUGAAAAGGUGGUGCAAGAGGCGCUGGACCAGGCCAGGAAGGGCAGGACGUGUAUCAUUGUGGCCCACCGUCUGUCCACCAUCCAAAACGCAGACCGCAUCGCUGUCUUCCAGGGAGGAGUGGUGGUCGAACAGGGGACGCAUCAACAGCUGCUGGUCAAGAAGGGAGUCUAUCACAUGCUGGUCACCACACAGAUGGGCCACGGGAGGGAAUAAGAGGACAGAGAGAGGACACAGGGAGCAGUGCUACACCGAUUGUGGUUUUUUGUUUGUUUCCAGAGGGCUGGAUUAAACACUUGUGCCUUUUAUCAUCAAUUCCCUGGUUCACAUUCAAACAUUUUUAGAUUGAACAGCUUCAGUGGAACACUUGGGGUCUGAAUGUGCUUUCGACUUCUGUACUACUGUUCAUUAGUUGUCCACUUUAUGGGCCUUUUUCACAGCAGAUGUUUGGACAUGUGACAGUAGGAAAAGCACAGGUGUAAAUAAUAAAAUGAAUGACUGAAUUCCACUUUAGCCGCUUCAAUUUCAGGUUCCUAGGUUUGUUCAUGCUGGCUCACCGUCACAUCUUAGUGGGACACUUAGUAACAUAGUAGUAACACUUUUCCCACUAUGACAAGUGAAAAUAUCUGCUGUGAUAAAGACCCACGGUAUCAUACACUGUUCUGUUUAUUCUUCUCCAUGUUUGUAAAGAUUCAUUCACGUUGGCGCCCCGUCCUGCAGGGCUCAAGUAUGCCAAGUUAUUUUUUCUGUUCCGGUGGAGCUACUUGAUGAAACAAGCCUUAGUUGUUAGUGAUUUCUGAUGCCAAAUUCUGUUAACUGCAAACUGCUAAUGACAAAUGUACAGUGAUUAAAGCUGCCAAUACACUGAAGUUAUUAUACAUCAUAGUGCCUCAUGCACUGGGAUCAUAGUAACAAAUAAGUUGUGUUUUACUGUAUUUAGGAAAAUUCUUUAAUUUAUUGUCCUCGUGCAGCCUAUGUUUUUCUACUGUCUGGGUUAAUAAUUGAACAGAAGUGCCUGAACUGUUUAACCCAGGAAAAUUGCAAAUGCACAAGAUUACUUUUUGAAGAAUAUGUAUUUUACAUUAUGUAACUAUUAAAGUUCUAUAUUCAAUUA